AGGGAAGUCUGAACUUCUUUCUUUCUUACCUUCACCUACCAUUUGUUUCUGUCUAUAACAAUGGCGACACCGCGCCUAGCCCCUCAGCUGUUUUCAGCUACAUGUUUUUCGAAAAGCGCGCAAACUACUAUUACUCCGCGCUCAGCUACUGCAGGCACAUAUUACUACCGAUGCCAUCUCCGACUGUCAUCGUCGCCGUUACCCUCGCCACUAGCACGUCGAGUCCGCAGUAGCAGUCUCACCAACCUCACUCGCAGCUUCACGACUACAUCCUCAUACCUCGCAUCCUCUACCUCAACGGCCGCCCCCGAAACUCCCGACAUCACCAACCACUACACCAUCUUCCGCAACACGCUUCCCGCCGGCCCGCCACCGCAGUCCCCGUUCGCAAUCCCGGCCGCGGACCUGCGUCGCGAGUUCCUCCAAUGGCAGUCCCGCAUUCAUCCAGACAAAUACCCCUCGGGUCCGCAGAAGCAGCAGGCCGAGGCUCUGUCGGCGCGGAUCAAUGAGGCCUACCGCACACUGCUGGACCCGCUGCUGCGCGCGCAGUACCUUCUCCGCGAGAUGCACGGGAUCGACGUCACGGCGGAGGACGGGGCGACCAAGCAUGCGCUGGAUGCCCAGACGUUGAUGGAGGUCAUGGAGGUGCAAGAGACGAUCGAGGAAGUCGGGGCCGAGGAGGGGGCCGAGGAGACGAUCCAGGAGUUGAAGCGGGAGAACGAGCAGCGGGUCCAAGGGUGUGUACGGACUUUGGAGGAGGCUUUUGACCGUGGGGAUAUUGAGAAGGCCCGGACCGAGUGCAUUAAGUUGCGGUUUUGGUAUAGUGUUGGAGAAGGGUUGAGAGAGUGGGAGCCUGGGACGAGGGAGAUUCGGUUGGUGCAUUAAUUGUGGGUGUCUUAGGGGCAUGAUGGGCUAGUUUGUGCAUGUAUACUACAUGUUAUACGUCUGCUCCACAAUUUCCUGGGCGAAUUAGAUAUAUAGAUGUUGUCGAUGUGAUCAAUGAUACCAUUCCA